UUCGGAUCUAACAAGGUUUCCAUUAGUUUUGACCCGUUUCAAUUCGAUUAAUCAGAUUUGGAGUACGUACGUACAACAAUGUUAUUGAUCAGGAAGCAGAAGAAGAUUCAAACGGGUAAUCGUAUUCUGAUUUCCAUUACCUUCCAUGGAAGUGCAGGACCGAUUAGGUUGAUUGUCGGAGAAGAUGAGAUUGUUGCCGGCGUUAUUGAAAAGGCGUUGAAAUCGUACGGUCAACAAGGUCGGCUACCUAUUUUGGGAUCUGAUUUGAAUAAUUUCGUUUUGUAUAGUUCAAUUGAAGCUUUAGAUCCGUUGAUGAAGAUUGGAUCAGUUGGUUCUAGAAGCUUCUUGUUGUGUAAGAAGGUUAAGAUGGAAAAAGAAGCUAUUGAAGAGAAGAUUGUUAGUAGGAAGAAGAAGAGGAGUGCAUGGACAUGGCUUAAUAAAUCUCUUAAUUCUAAGAUCUCUGUCAUGUGAGAGUUUUU